GGUCAGGCGUCGAGAGAUCGACUGACUGCCCUCGCAAUCCUGUUCAUUCUGAUCGUUCAAUGGCCUCGCCAUCGUUUCUUCGUUUAUUGUUCGAUUCUUCAAGUCGGGGGUUCGGUUCUUCCGGUUUCUCCAGCCGUUCGAUCAAUUCUUCUUCGGUUCUUUGUCCUCUCGGCAGUUUGUCCCCGUGUUGCCGUCUCACGGUCGAUCCAAUUCAGUCAGUUCAAUUCCUCGCUUCUCCCAGCCGUUGGUCCCCACGUCGCUGGCACGCGGUCGAAGUUUGCAGCUGCAAGGGUGUCUGCGUCGACUGCCAGUAGUAGACGCGCCAGACCGUUCCCUGAAGCCGUAGAAAAGGUAAAGAAAGAGUAG